CAUGCUCUCUCGGGCCGGCCGCGCCGCAAAACUACGUCGUUGUUUUGUUUUGAAUUUCGGGAGUGUUGCACGCGCUUUUGUUGAUCUGUUGGUUUUGCCGGAAAAUUCAGCACAAUGAAGGACAACACUCCGCCACAUUCGCCGUACGAGCUGAACCAGGACGGGGAUGACGACGACGACGAGCUGAUUUACGUCGGCGAUGCCGACGAGGUGCUGGACCAGUGGGAAGCCGAAAUGAACGCGGCUGGUUCCGACGACGACGACGAUGAGGAUGGUGAGGGCGCCGGUGGCAUUGCCGACGAUGAGGAUGACGAGCUGGAAAAUGUCCCCGAGCGGGACGACGCCGCGGUCACAUUUACUUUGCAUGGUGCGCCGGUAUUCAGUGCAUCGUUGCAUCCCACGGAAGAUUUGGCCGUGUCCGGUGGGGAAGAUGACCGAGCGUUCGUGUGGAACACGACCACAGGAGAGCGGGUAUUUGAAGUUACCGGACAUUCCGAUUCGGUCAUCGCUAGUGAGUUCAGCUACGAUGGCGUUUACGUGGCAACUGGAGAUAUUGCGGGGCAGAUUCAGGUCUUCAAGGUCACCCAGGAGUACAAGAAGGUGUGGGAGUUUACGAUGGGCGACAUGUGCUGGAUGAAGUGGCACUUUGGAGCGCAUGUUCUGCUGGCUGGGGCCGAUUCUGGAGAAAUUUACGUGUGGCGAAUACCGUCCGGCGAUUGCAAGGUUCUGCAGGGCUUCGGAGAAAAGUGUGAAGUCGGAAAGAUUACCCUGGAUGGUAAGAAGAUUGCCGCCGGGUACGGCAACGGUGCCUUCAAGCUGUGGGACAUUAAAAACAACGCACCGACGGUGGAUCUGGCGCCCAACGAAACGACCGGGCACACGAGCAACAUUACCUGUAUGGCCGUUGACCGGGACGGUCAGCUUAUAAUAACCGGGAGUGAAAACGGAAAAGUGGUCCUUAUUGCGCCAUCCGGACCCGUGGGAAUUUUGCAGGCUGCGUCGGAGGCUUCCGUAGAGGCGGUGCUCAUCGACAGUCCGGACUUUGAGGUGAAGGUGGCGGCGACCGGAACCGUGAACGGACAGGUCACGAUUUGGGAUGUGGGCAGACAGACGGCGCGUGUGGAGUGUGAGGAUUCUAACCGGACGGGAGUGACGAGACUCCUCUGGGGCAAGGACUGCACGCUGAUCGCCGGCACGCUGAGCGGCAACAUCCGGGUGUGGGAUGUGCGCAGUGGCGCUCUCAAGUACGAACUGCUCGGCCACCGGAACACGAUCCAGGACCUGGUGUACAACAAGCAGAAAAAUGUCCUGCUUUCCACGUCCGAGGACGGUACGGUUAAAAUUUUCAAUCUACCUUAGCGUUACUUUUUGCAUCUUUUGCUAACAUUAUCAGCAAUAAAAUUGUUUAAAAAUUA